GCGCGAACAUGGCGGCGGCCCUGGCGCCGAUGGGCGAUGGCGGCGGCCCGGCGGCUCCCUGAGCUCCCCCCGCCGCGGCGCUGCCCCGUCCCAGGCAUGGUCGCCACGCUGUAGGAGGGCGGGAGCCGCGGCGAUGGAGGAGAGCCCCUGAGCCUGUCUGCGGAGGCGUUGCGCGUGUGUGAGACGUGAGAAAAGGUCUUUGCUGUACCCAGAAAGUUUUCCUGUUGGCAGAGUGUUCAGAGAUCAAGGGAGUCAAUCUGUCAGCAGGCUUCUCUCCAGAUAGACCAUUUCUUCUGAUCGCAGAGCCAUGGUGUCAUGGAAAGGGAUAUACUUUGUACUUGCACUAUUCUUGGGAAGUUUCUUUGGGAGUAUAUUCAUGCUUGGUCCUUUUCUACCUUUGAUGUUCAUCUCGCCGGCCUGGUAUCGCUGGAUCACCGACUGCAUCGUGGCCACUUGGCUCACGCUCCCAGUGGCCUUGCUGGAAAUGGUGUUUGGUGCCAAGGUGGUUGUCACUGGAGACGGAUUCGUUCCUGGAGAAAGGAGUGUCAUUAUCAUGAACCAUCGCACACGAAUGGACUGGAUGUUCCUGUGGAACUGCCUGCUGCGAUACAGCUACCUCAGACUUGAAAAAAUCUGUCUCAAAUCCAGUCUCAAAAGCAUUCCGGGAUUUGGCUGGGCAAUGCAGGUUGCUGCCUUUGUUUUCAUUCAGAGAAAGUGGGAAGAUGAUAAGAGUCACUUUGAAAAAAUGCUGGAUUAUUUCUGUGACAUUCGUGAACCACUACAACUCCUCAUCUUUCCAGAAGGAACUGAUCUCACAGCCAAUACCAAAGCCCGCAGUAAUGAAUUUGCUGAAAAGAACGGAUUUCAAAAAUACGAGUAUGUCUUACACCCGCGAACAACUGGGUUCACUUUCGUGGUUGAGCGUCUAAGGGAAGGUGACAAUCUCGAUGCUAUCCAUGACAUAACUGUGGCAUACCCCCAAAACAUUCCUCAGACAGAGAAGCACCUUUUGAACGGAAACUUCCCAAAGGAGAUUCACUUCCACGUCCAGAGAUAUCCGAUAGAGACAGUGCCCACUUCUAAGGAGGAGCUGCAGCUUUGGUGCCGGAAGCGUUGGGAAGAGAAAGAGGAGAGACUCCGACACUUCUAUGAAGGUGGAAAAUGUUUCAGUGCAACAGGGCAAGGCAUUGUUCCCCCCUGUAAAUCUGAGCUCAGGGUCCUCGUGGUGAAGUGCAUCUCACUCCUGUACUGGACAGUGUUCCCGCUGGGUAUGCUCUCACUGCUGUACCUGUACAGCUUUGCUCAGUGGUAUUUUGCAGCCAUGGUCAUCUUUUUUGUUGUGCAGCAAAAGAUAUUUGGUGGGCUGGAACUAAUUGAACUCGCUUGUCAUCGAUAUUUUAAAAAGCACCAGAAAUUUCACGACACAAAAAUAAAAAACAAUUAGUUCUGGCGUAGAGAAAGGGGGGGUGGGUUGAGAUGCCCUGUGAAUUUUAUGCACAGGGAACAAUUUUUGCAUGAGAAUUGUCUUUUACUAUUGCCAUUGUUAGACAUUUGCACAUGAUUCUGUGAAGAGAAAGAAAAAUGUUAGUUAUUCCUACAUGUGAAAAUGGUAGUUUUUUAAUCUCUGAAUGUAAUUUCAACAUUGCUCUUGCAAGCAGCUAGCAACUGCAUUCUGCUGUCAUUAAGAAACAAAUUGCUGGAUUAUUGAACAAUCAUAAAGAUGGUAAUAAAUGUAACAUGCACUGGACUUUCAUGUAGAAACCCAAACUGUUCAGCUAAGAGAGACAGAUGUAUGAUUUCUGUAUAAUCACAUUGCUGUGAAGUAAGCGUCGGAUUUGGAAAGCUGGUAAGUUUAGUGAUGUUUUGAUGGUAGGUGAAAGUUGGAGAAGAAGUUGUUCUGUUUCUUUUUUAUAUUUCAAAUACUCAAACUUAUUUUAAAAUAAUAUUUUUGCAUAAGCUUUUUCAAACACUACUGAACCUACCACUGUUCAACCAUUCUGGCUUGGUCACUCAGAGGGGUUUUUAAGCCUUGUAGUCUUGUGUCAUAGUACAGAGAACAGUCCUGGCUCUGCCUCCAUUUAAGUCUUUGCUGAUUAUUUAAUAGACCUGUGCAGCUAAGUUUUGAUUUCUCACUGUUUCAUACUGUUUCAGUCUCCCUGUUAGCUGUGGGAGAGUUGUUCCCACUGUAGUAUGCAGAGCUGUGGGAUAGGGGAACUGGGUUUUUUUGUUGGUUUAGUGGUGUUUUUUUCUCACAGAGGCAAAAGUAAGUGUCUGUCUCCAAAUAGCUGGAAAAUGUUUUUCAAAACAGUUUCCUUGUAGACCUUCUUGGAUUGAAAACAUUUUAGUUAAUUUUCAGAGUAGGCAAGAUAUCUUUUUUCUUUUUUAAGCAUUAAUUUUGGUUUUCACAUUGCUUCCUUUGGCGUUUCAUGUGUCCAUAUAGAUAAGCAGGAAGAAUUCUUGCUCCGUGCAUGUCAGACAGACCUGUUGAAAUGCACAUGAUGCAGUGAUUGUCUCCUUAUUGGUACAAGACAUGGGUUUAGGUUUUAGACAUCACAGCACAGGGAAGAGCUACAUCUUCCCUUUGCUGUAUUGGCUUUGAUUUCUUGAUGACAUCAUUACCUUUUUAACCUCCUUCACAAUUUUUGGGAGGUUCUCUUGGGGCUCCCACUAUAACACGUUCACUUUUUUUCAUGACAUUCAGAAAAUCUGAAGGCUUAAGCUUAGACAAGGCACUUUCAACUGUAUUCCUUGUCAUAUACAGUAAAAGUAAUGUUAUAUUCACACAGAAAAAGACAAAAACAUUGCCAGCACUUAGGAGACAGUUCAGGUCUUCAGGUUAGAUUGUUCUGCAACCUCAAAAAUUUUAAACAACCUGAUCAAUUCUAAUGCUGCAAAACCUUCAUGACUUACUAAAUAUUUGUGUUUAUUGCAUGACAGCUUGUUUGAGCUAGACUGAGAUGGCCUGUCUCCGUGUGUUGAGUGGCAUUGCCAUGAAAUGUGAAAGUUCAGAGUGCAAAAUGUAUCUUGUACUGUGCUGGGUGUCUCAAGCGUUGGGUUGGCAUGGUGGACACACCUGUUUGCUUUUAAAUUACAACUCUAAGCAUGUUGUCUUAUGUGUUUGUUUCAAAGACCAUUUUUUUAACAAAUCACCAGCCUCUAUUCAACUGUCCCUUGCAAGGUGACAAGUCUUUUUUAAUCUAUGCUUAUAAUAGCUAAUUGUUUAUUACGCGGAAAGUACUUGAAGCCAUCUGGUUUACUCCAAUUUUUUUAAUCCCUUUUUUCUUAAAAAUAAAUAAAUAAAACUAGGUUUAUAUUUAGGGUUAUGUUUCUUAAUGAUUUUUUCAUAUUUGUAUUUGAGUACCUGACGACUGACAACUGGUGUUUCAUUGUCACGAGUGGUAGGAGGUCAUUUCUGCACCUCGAGGUCUUUUUUUAACACAAUUCUGUAAUAUCACAGGCAUGGUUGCAGCUUAAAUCUACAUAGCCUGGUUUUUCUUCACCUAAUGCUCUGCUUUGGUGCAGUUCCCUGCACAUCCAGGUAAUCCACUGCAAGGGAAAACCUAAAAACCACAUUUAUGGUUAAUGCAGAGGAGACCUAAAAGGCUUCUUCUAGUCUGUCCUAAGCCACGGCUUAGGACAAAGUGCUUUCAUGCCAGGAGUAACCAUGGCCAGCCUACUCCAAUAGCCUUAACACCAUCUUCAGGAGUGAAUUCAAAGAACAGUUUCUAUGUGUUGGUGACGUAAAUACCAGCUGUGCUUUUCUCAGUCGUUCAGAGAACUUUGUGGUGUCAUCAGAUGUAUCAGAAGCAUCAGUGUGAGUGUUGGUCAUGGAGCGGUAAAGGAUUUACAUCUGUGUGUGAUUAAAGUUGGGCUCUGACAGUGAAGUCAAAUGCAAUUCAUCAUCGACCCUUACAAGGGGUUUUCUCCCAGCUGGAGCCAAACACGUAACCUAUUGUAAUGUGGUAAAAACAUCCUGCAAAUCUGUAAUUCAUCCUCCUCUCUCAUGUGUUCGGAUCAAAGAGAAAGAAUAAUAUUCUUGUCAGCUGCUCAUGUCACUUUUGCAAUGCCCAACUCCAUGAUGUGGAGUAAAUGGUCAGUGAAGAAUCCUCCUCUCCCAGGGGAGGUGUUGGCUUUGUGUCUCAUGUAAAUUUUCAGAUUCUGUGCAUCAUUUUUCAGCUCAAUUAGAAAUGCAAGAGGGGGAAAAACUGAAUGAAAAUGAAAAGCUUUGUGGAUAUAGAAGCUUCUUUGUUUAAAAAGUGGUUAAAGAACUGAGGGAAGAUUGUUCUGUGAAUGUUUUUUUUCUCUUUGGUCAAAAUGUAGCUUUUUACUGAAAAGAUUCUAAUAUACAGAUUUCUUGGAGGCUUCUUUAUUCCUACCCUGUUUUCCUAUUUAAAGAACACUAAGAUGGCACUUAGAGACAUAGUUUAGUCUCAAUCUUGGCAGUUCUGGGUUUAUGUUGGACUCGAGGGUCUUAAAGGUCUUUUCUCACCUAAAUUAUUCUAUGAUUCUCUGCUGGGUAAAUCACUUUGAAAUGUUUUCAGUGCUGUUAGAUUAAAGGUGCUAGUACUCCAGGAAUCACCCACUCUUCUUUCAUGGGACAUGUUUUAGCACCAAGACUUGUCUCACUCACUGGCAGGUUUGUCACAGCUCACCUUCUCCUGUAGUCCCAGCAGCUGCACUGCUGAGCAGCAACUGCUCUGUCUGUGGGACCUACAGGUCUGGGUAGGUCUUGUUUACAUUAUUUGAGAUCAGUGACGUGCUUUAAGGAUGGUGCUCCCAUUUGCUCAAUCAGAUGUUUCCUCUUGAGCAUCGGGGGGUUUCUUUCUCUCUGCUCAGAACAGAAGGUUUGAAAUUCUGCCAUCUGUGCGUGUCAUCAAGCUCACCUGGGUAGCAGGAUGUCAGACCAAGUCUCUUGACUUCAAAGCUGCAAGGCCCAAAGCUGGUCUGUAAGGUGUUAUCUGGAUCAUAUAAAAUGUAGUUCUUAGUUUUGUGCAUUGCAUCAAUCGGUGUUGUUUAAAAAAGAUCCAUGUUUUUAUAACUUGAUUUUAUAUGUGCACUAUGUGAAAGGAAACACCAGGAUACUACAAACCUACAGAAAGCCUUAGUUUUCAGAUUUCACUGAUAAUAUUAUUAGAAUGUUUUAACCGUGUACCAGUUACUCUACAACAACAAUAAAGACCUGAAGCAUUGCA